UGAGUCAGUAGGACCGCCUAGGUCUGGGGAAGGAAUUUGCCGACGUACCCGGAACUGUUUCCAAGGUUUCCUCGGGUUCUGGCGGUGAUACGGCUGCUGGUCCUGGGAGCCAAGGCAACGGAGAAUUUUUCCAGGCUCGCGCGAGCGCCCCCUUCACCCACGGAUUCAGGGACCCAGCAAUAGCGAUGGCUCCGGUGUCUGGCUCCCGCAGCCCGGAGUGGGAGGCCUCGAGCUCCGGGGGGAAGCGUCGCAGUUCUUCGAAGAGCCCUAAGCCUAGCAAAUCCUCUCGCUCCCCGCGCGGCCGCCGCUCGCGCUCGCGCUCUUGCUCUCGGUCCGGGGACCGGAAUGGCCUCAGCCAUCAGCUGAGUGGCUCCAGCCAAGGCUCCCGAAACCAGUCCUACCGUUCGCGCUCGCGGUCCCGCUCUCGAGAGCGGCCCUCCGCACCGCGCGGCGCCCCUUUCGUUUCUGCCUCCUCGUCCGCCUAUUAUGGCGGCUACUCACGCCCCUACGGGAGCGACAAGCCGUGGCCUAGCCUCCUGGACAAGGAGAGAGAAGAGAGCUUGCGGCAGAAGAGACUAAGUGAGAGAGAGAGGAUUGGAGAAUUGGGAGCUCCUGAAGUGUGGGGACUUUCUCCAAAGAAUCCAGAACCAGACUCUGAUGAACAUACACCAGUAGAGGAUGAAGAGCCAAAGAAAAGCACCAGUUCAGCUUCUACUUCAGAAGAAGAAAAGAAGAAGAAGAAGAAGUCUAGUCAUUCAAAAGAAAGAUCCAAGAAAAGGAGGAAGAAAAAAUCAUCUAAAAGAAAACACAAGAAGUAUUCUGAUGAUAGUGACAGCGACUCUGAUUCUGACACAGACUCCAGUGAUGAAGAUACAAAAAGGAGAGCAAAGAAAGCCAAGAAAAAGGAAAAGAAGAAGAAACACAGAUCGAAGAAAUAUAAGAAAAAGAAGUCUAAGAAGAGCAGAAAAGAUUCCAGCGACUCAAGUUCUAAAGAGUCCCAAGAAGAAUUUCUGGAGAAUCCCUGGAAGGAUCGAUCAAAGCCUGAAGAACCCUCAGAUUUGAUUGGCCCAGAAGCUCCCAAAACACUUGCCUCUCAAGAUGAUAAACCUCUAAACUAUGGCCAUGCUUUGUUACCCGGUGAAGGUGCAGCUAUGGCUGAAUAUGUAAAAGCUGGAAAACGUAUCCCACGAAGAGGUGAAAUUGGCUUGACAAGUGAAGAAAUUGCAUCAUUUGAAUGUUCAGGUUAUGUAAUGAGUGGUAGCAGGCAUCGCCGAAUGGAAGCUGUGCGUCUGCGAAAAGAGAACCAGAUCUAUAGUGCUGAUGAGAAGAGAGCCCUUGCAUCCUUUAACCAAGAAGAGAGACGAAAGAGAGAAAACAAGAUCCUGGCCAGUUUUCGGGAGAUGGUAUACAGAAAAACUAAAGGGAAAGAGGACAAAUAAGGAUUUUCUGAUUGUUCAUCAGACGUUUUUAACAACAAAAAAGAAAGUUUGGGUUCCAUAUAUACACACACAAAAAGAUUAUGAUCUGAAAAAGCUUUACAGUGCUACUGUGCCUUCUAUUUAAUUCUUUGAGUCUUAUAAAAAAGCUGCGUAUUGAUAUAACUUUAGCAAGCUCUUUGGGUUAUUUUGGAUUAACCAAAACUUUCUGGUUUAAAAAUCCAAAUUAUGAGUGAAAUUCUACUGUGUUGGGGGAGGAGGCAUUGAGAGAGAGUGCUGGUGAAACGAGGAACUGAACUCCUAACGUUAUGGGACAGUGCUGCCACGAGUUCUACAUGAUGCCCACCCCAAGUGAACUUGUGGAAGUUAAUCAUUCCUCUAUGUUGAUACAGGAGGCCACCUUUGUUAACAGAAAGAAGGCAUGGCUGAAAAAAAGCAAAUCUAGAAUUUGAAGAUUGACUUGUUUAUUACAAUAUGCUGUCUGCUCUGGAAAUAAUGUAUUUUGAUUUUAGUCCCUACCUCCACCCCAAAACCAACCAACAGACCAAACAGCAAACUAACCCAUAGACUUACUGAAUUGAAAAUGUGAACAUUAAGUUUAAAAUUCCUAACAGGUUACUUAAGAAUGGCUCUUUCAAAUAUAAAUAUUGGGAAGUCUAUUGUGUAAAUGUAAGUACAUUAUUUCCAUCUGAACUGUGUUUAGAUCAUUAUUUGAACACUGUAAAUGAAUAGGAAUCAAUAAUAGUCAUGCGUUUAAUAAGGAAAAAUAUAAUGAAUCAUUGCUUUAACUUCAUUAUGUCAUAAGGAUGAAGAUAAUGUGAUAUUAAAAAUUUUUAAAGUCUGUACUUCAUAUAAAUGCAGAUUUCAUUUUAAACAUGCUUAAACUUUUCAGUUUCUUUUUUACAUCUGUCAUUCAGGUUAACUUCUCACUUUAUCACUUUUUUAUGGCUACUAUUGACUUUUGACUUGGGGAAAAAUGAAAAAUUCUGGGACUAUGAGGUCAUGAUCUUUUUCUUCCCUCCUUUUGUUCAAGUUUAGUUGUUAAGACAUAGGAGGGAAGCGGGAAGGGGAUAGUAGAAGUUUUGGCUGUUUUUGCUAAGGUUGUUUUGAACUGCAUUAUUAUGUGCCUAAGAUAAGUAUAAAUUAUCUGAAUGAUGGGGAAUUUCAGACUCUGCUGUUACAAAAUGCCCUCCUUAUAAGCUAACUUCCCAGAUGACUCAGAUGGUAAAGAGUCUGCCUGCAAUGCAGAAGACCUGGGUUCGAUCCCUGGAUCAGGAAGAUCUUCUGGAGAAGGGAAUGGCAACCCACCCCAGUAUUAUAAUAGUUGAAAGUUUUUUUUUUUAAGUUUUAAAACAAAACAGUGAAAGUAUACUUGAUAUACUUUAUUAAAGUAUAGAUAAAAAGUUUACUACUUAACAUAUAUUCUAGGAAAAUGUCUACCUUUAACCCACAAGUAAUGAACUAAACAGCCAGUUGGCACGUGGCAACAUUUAUGAUGCCUGAAUUUGAAGUGAUUGUGAUCUAUCAUCAUUGUUGCCUAGCCUAAUAAAUCUGUUCUUUCCAAAAGUUGAAACUAGGUCCCAAAUUUGUGAGUCAUAAUCUGUCCAUUUCCUUGUGUAAUAAAACGUAAAUUUUUAUUUCCCAUUUAAAAAUUUUAUUCUCAGGAAUUCCCCAAUAGUCCAGUGGUGAGGACUCCGUGCUUUCACUGCUAAAGGCCCAAGUGCAGUCCCUUGUCAGGGAACUGAGAUGCCACAAACUGUGCAAAAGGGGGCCACAUUUUUUUAAAAUUUUGUUCUCUAAGAACAUUAGUUUUUGUUACUAGUUCCUAGAGACUGAAUGGGGUUGUUCUCUGAUUUUCAUUCAGUAGGCAAGGUAGUUUAAAUGCAACAGUUGUUAAAAACUUUUUAUUUUGUAUUGGACUAUAGCUGAUUAACAAUGUCAUGAUGGUGGACAGCAAAGGGGCUCAGCCAUACAUAAACAUGUAUUCAUUCUUUCCCAAAUUCCCCUCCCAUCCAGCCCUCCACAUAACAUUGAGCAGAGUUCCCUGUGCUAUACAGUAGUCCUUGUUGGUUAUCCAUUAUUAAAUAUAGCAGUGUAUAUGUGUCAAUUCCAAACUCCCUAACCCUUACCCCCAUCCUUUCCCCUAAAUGUAACAAUUUUGUGAUAUGUGAAUAUUAUGGAUUUCCAUUGGAUUCUUCUGUAUCCUCCACAGAGUAGAUACUCAAUAAAUGCUUAUUGAGUAAGUGAAAGAAAAUAUAUUAAUUUAUUUCAGAAUUUUAUCAUAUCUUUCAUUAAGAUUUUUUCAGGAAAGAUCUGCCAAAGAAUAGCUUCAGUAGCAUAUUCUUUGGGAAAGAGGAGGGAAGAAUAAAAGGGCUAAGAGUAUUUUAUUUUCAGCCCAUUAGAGUUACUGCUGCAAACUGUGUUUUAGUCACUUGAGCCAUAAGUCAAAUGGGAGGGCUGUUGUAAUUGAAAUAUAUUUUUUUGUUCUCCAAGGAGACUUACCUAGUUCUCCCACCUCCUCACCUGUUGCUCUGAUAAGAUUUUCCCUCCUUUUCAAUGUAUUUCACAAAUGUAACAGUUGAAGAAGAAAGAAAAAUUACCCACAGUUUUACCCCAUCAAUUGUCUUUAGUAUUCUGUGUUCCUUUCCAGUGCUUGUCUACAUAAAUACGUAUUCUGAUAUACCUAUAAGUAAUCACUCAUAAUUUUGUCUUUGAUGUUUAAGAUAUUACAGCCAGGCAAGACAGCUUAACAGACAUGGUAGGAAGAAAUGAUCUGGUGUGAGGAUGGACGAAGGCCAGAAAUAGUAAGGGUGGUGACUGAACCUUCCCUGUUUCAAGCCAAUCCUCAAGCCAGCCUGGUGCCGUCACAGUUGUGGUGCUGUGUUGUGGCAGGCAGCAUGUCCAGUUGCAGAAUUUCAGAAUGUAUUGCUUAACAAUGAGGCUUAACUUGCAUUAAAUAAAGACAACUGUGAGUAGGCAAACCCUUCAGACUGGUUAUAUUAUGAGCUAUAGAACUGUUGCCAUUUUUCUGUCCUCCAGUUGUGCCCAUGAAAGAGGUAUGUUCAGGUUGGAGACUCAGGCUCAAAUGGGGGAACAAAGAGCCAAGGACCAAUCUCAGUUUGGUCUGACAGGGGAAUUUUAUCUACUCCCCAAACUCAGCUUUUGUAUCUGAAAGACUCUGAGGGAUACAGAUAGUGACGGGAAAAACCUUUUAGAAAAUAGAAGACAACUUAGUGGUUACUCUGCUAAUGUAGUGGAAGUUGCCAACUGGAAAAUGAAUGCAAAGAAAAACAAUGCAGCUAGAUCAUAUGCCACAAAUUUAUUAUUCAAUAAAUAUUCUGUGGUUUGAUGUACAGUAUCAUAUUUUUAAUAUGCUCUGAUUAGAAAUCUCCUAAAAUAUUCUAGAAGAUUCCAAUACUGUUGAAUUGGAAGAUAUUUGGAUUCAUUAAAACAUAUUUGGCCUCAAUAAUGUCCCUUAGCCAUUUUUCUCGAAAGCGAAUCUCUCCUGGUCUGCAGAGGAGGAAAAACAAACACAACAAAAGCUUUUAAAGGGAAACAAAACACUGAGCCAGGGAUCCAUUGAUUCCCUGUUUACUCUGUUACAUUCCUAGUGAGCAAAAUGCCUUUUGGGGGUGGAGGCAAAGAUUGUCUCCAUUCCUUAGGCCCAGUCAAUAAAAGGGUGAGUUUAUAUGUAAAGAUUCUGUAAGAGAGCUGCUGUACAAAUAAAAGGAAUUAUUGAAUAUUA